AUGGGUAUGGUUGAAACUGAAUCCAAGGAACCAUGUGGGGUUUCAAGUAGUGUAGCUGAAAAUGUCAUUUUUGAAGUUGAUGGUUCAGAGAAGGUGGAGAAUGAGGUUAAGGGAGCUCUUGAGAAUGGUGCUGGAGAGAGAGGUUUGAGUGAUGAUGGUGUUGUAGUUGUUGAAGUUGUUAAGAGUAGUGUUUUCGAGACUGAUGUUUCAAUUUUGAAGGAAAAUGAAAAUGAUUCUCAGGUUGUGGUUGAUUCGGAGAUGAACAAUGGGGUGUCUUCUGUGUUGGGAAUGGGAGAAAGCGAUAGUAGCGUUGUUUGUGAGAAGUUUGAUUCUGAGGGAAAAGACAAGGAGGGAAAAAAAGAUGAAGGUUUUGAUGGGAAAAUUGAGACUAUUGAGGUUCCAAUUGUGGAGAUAAGUGAGAACAUUGUUGCUGAAGUGAAUGGGAAGAAGGAGAGUGAAGAAAGAAAAAAAGAUGAAAAUUGUGAUGAAGUUGUGAAUUUUGAGGUACCGAUAGUUGAGACGAAUGAGAACGUUGAUGUUGAAAUCGAUGAUUUGGUUGAUGAAAGGUAUGGUUAUUCUGUUGGUGAUUUUGUUUGGGGUAAAAUUAAGAGUCAUCCUUGGUGGCCAGGUCGAGUUUAUGAUCCGUCCGAUGCGUCGGAUUUUGCUUUGAAGCUGAAACAGAAGAAUCGGUUCUUAGUGGCUUACUUUGGUGAUGGAACAUUUGCUUGGUGCCAUCCGUCGCAGUUGAAGCCUUUUAAGGAAAAUUUUGAUGAUAUGGUGAAACAAAGUGGUACCAAAAGUUUUACCAAUGCUGUACAAGAAGCUGUAGACGAGGUUGGAUGGGUUCUGGCUAUGAAGAUGAGUCGUCCGUUUGUUGUGGCCGGGGAAACUGAGUCUGAAUUUGCUCCAUUGUCGGCGAAGAAUUCGGGAAUCAAGGAAGGUGUUUUUGUGCCUGAAAGUGGCAUAGAGAGACUUCUGGCUGUUGCGAUCGAACCGGCUGAAUUACUAUCUCAAGUGAAACAAAUUGCUGAAGUUAUUGAUAUUGCCAGUGUUCUUGAGCUGGAAGUAUUAAAGGCUCGGCUUUCGGCUUUCUAUUUCUCGAGAGGUGGGUAUAAGUUACCUUGUUAUGAGGAUCCCAAACGGGUUCUCGGGCUUGAAGAUAAAGAUGAUGUAGAUAAUGCAGUGGAAGCACCGUUCCAAGGCCCGUUUGAAGAGGACUUCUCUACCCUGCCAUUGAGCCCGAAAUCGGGCGAACUGCGUCGUCCCCCGGGGCUUUCAGGAAGUCGAUCGAACCGGAGAAGAAAGCAGAAAAGCAUUGCUGACAUUAUGGGGGAGGAUAAUGAUGCUGAUGCAAAAGAUAAGGAAGAGGAUGUAAGUGAUGAUGAAGUUCUUUACGUAAUUAGGUCAAGGGGUAGGAAGAAGAGAAAAGAUAGUGACGAUGCAGUGACUCCUAAACCAGUUCGAAAACGAAAAGAGUUGAUUAUAGAUACUGACGGGAAGUUUGAAAGAGCCGGAAAAGAAAGCCGUGAGAGCAAGAAAAACAGUGAGAAUGGCAAAUCACGGCGUUUGAAAGAUAAAAAAGAAGAAGCUGUUGACACUGAAGACAUCAGCGACGAGGGGAACGAAAAGGAGAAUGUUGAAGGGAAGUUGGAAGAAGAAAACAAGAAGGGUUUUUUGUCAAGAGAAAGAAAGAAAAGCAAGUAUUUGUCGCCUCCUUUCACUACUUCAAUUACUUUUACGAAGGGAAAAGUGAAGCCAGAAACUAGAAGUGCUGGCCCGCUUUCUCCUCGGCUUUCGAAGUGUAACGGCAAGGCACUUCAAGAGUUGGAGCUUUCUGACAACUUGAAUCACCAAACACAAGAGGAUGAGAAAAAGACUAUUGAUCCAGAGAAAGUUAAGGUUCCUUCGGCUGAAAUUCUGUCCAAAAUCCGCAAUGCUGCUGUUAGUCCACAAAUUUCUAGGGAGGGCGCUUCUGCUGCUAAAUUGGAAGACUUUAUUUAUGUCAUGAGAAGUUCUUUGUAUUGCGAAGGAUCGUUACACAAAGUGUACAACAAAAGCCGAUGUGAAAGGAAGAGAAGUAAGCCGGAAUCUGAACUUGAUCAAUCUGCUCACGUAACACCGAGUGAAGAUUCUGAACCAGCUAAGAAAAGAAAGAAGAUAGCUACAAGCAUGUCAAAAGACAAGAGCGGAGAUUCUGAACCAGCUAAGAAAAGAAAGGAGAUAGCUACAAGCAUGUCAAAAUUGAAGAAGAAGACUCGUGAAACCGAGACCAGCGGCAAGAAAGAGAUCGAUGAAAAAUCUUUGCCAGCUGUGCUUUUUGUGUCGUUUUGGCCAGGAGCCAUCCUACCUACAACAUCUGAUCUUGUGGCAGUGUAUCAAAAGUAUGGAUCUCUGAAUGAAGAAGAAACCAAUAUGUUCCGUACUAAUCAUACUGGUCGAGUUUCUUUCCUAAGAACCCGUGAUGCUGAAAAGGCAUUGAGCGAUUCGCAAAAGAAAAACCCGUUUGAACCUUCAGAAGUAACUUUUCAGCUCGAGUAUGUUUCUUCUGAUGGAUCAAAGUCCGGAGGACAAUACAUUGAAAGAUCUAAGAAGAAGUCCAAACCUUCACAGGACAAGAAGAAAGACACGACUCCGACUCCGACUCCGACUCCGACUCCGACUCCGACUCCGACUCCGACUCCGACUCCGACUCCGACUCCGACUCCGACUCCGACUCCGACUCCGACUCCGACUCCAACUCCAACUCCAACUCCAGCCACACAAUCUCUGUCAGAUGGUAAUGAGGCGUCUAAACUGAACUUCAUAAAAGAAAAACUUCAAGGUCUGGUUUCGAUGCUCAAAUCAUCCGACGAUAAGUCACCUGAUUUCAAGACAAAGAUAGAGAGCGAGGUGAAAGGUCUUUUGGAAGACGUGAACAACAUGGUUGGAUCUACUUCGUCGUGA